AGAUACAUUGACUGUCUUUUUUAAGGAAAAUAUUCCGUUUACAUUAAUUUACAAGACAUAUUUCUUGCUGUACAUGUACAUCUACUGACUUGCUGUAAGAAAACAAUUAGUCCUACUUGACAUUUUGUUGUUUUCACGUGAAGGUAUUUCAUGCAUCAGUACAAGCAUUGUACAAACUACAAGGGAAAUUUGUACAAUGGAGCUUGGUAUCCUAUAUGUCCAAGGGUAACUAUACAUUGUAAUUUGUUCUGAAUAGUAGCUUGCACUUGAGGAAUAUUAUUUUGGCAUUCAUUUUGGGGCACACAAAAUGCACUCAUCUUUACACUAGUGCUGCAGUUCUGCAGUGUUCAUUUUAUGUUGUUGUUGCUGUUCUGUUUUAUAUCUAUUUUUCUCUUUUCCCCUCUCUUUUGAACAGGAUGAUGGUGUACUCAUUGAAAGCAUGGAUGGGUGCUUUGGAUUGUGUAGAAAAAUGGAAGAAGGGCAUGAUUUAGGAACACCCAAACAUGGAACACUCCUAUUUGCAGACCAGGAUGAUGUUGACAAUUUUGUCAACAGUUAUGGCAAAGCUGGAGCAGACAUGGAACAGAACUGCAGUAAGUUCCAUGCUGGAGAGGUUCUUUCAGCUUUCAGAUCAAAAGGCAAAAACAAACUCUUUGACAAGAAAGGUGUCUUUGGAAUAUCAUACUCUGUUUAUGAGCUUAAGAGGCUUAGAAGUCUUAAUGAGAGCACCAGAAGCAGAGUAAUCAUCAUGUAUGACAUCGCUUGUCUAUUAGCACACCAUUUGAAGUGUUCAUCUCAGGAAAGCCUCUUGGAAGGUGUUGAUGUUGCCAUACCCAUAUUCCAUUGCUAUGGGCACAAGACAUCAUGUCAGAUCCAAUACAGUCCAAGAAGGAUCAAGGGAACUGGAUUGACAGAUGGUGAAGGGGUGGUAAGGUUAUGGUUCUUUUCUGCGUAGGUUUUCCUCUGUCACUAAAGAAAUGAGUGCUCACAAGAGGACAGAUGUUUUGACUGAUGGGCUUCUUCACUAUGCCCAACAUUUGUAUCACAAAUUUGGUGUUACUCUAAAUGCAAAGUUUGCUAGGGCAGAAACUCUUCUACAUGAUGUUGUGAUGAUGAUAUGAUACAACAGUGGCAAAAGGAUGAAGUGGAAGCGCUGAAACCAAAAGAACACGAAAUGAAUUGAGCUAUGUACAAGAUAAAGAUGAAGGGAAGGUAAAAGAUGUUGAAAAGAAAAUCGAACGAUGGCCAAGCAAUUGCCAUAAAGCUCGCAAAGCAGAUCGACAAAGUCGUGAAGUCCAUCCACAAAACUUGUCUGAAGUAAAUGGUAUCUUCCUAAUGAUGUACCCCAAAUUCUUUAUGACGAUGCCAAGGAUCCAAUGAGCAGCAUUUACUCUGAAGUCCAAGUGGAAGGGGACACCGUUCCUGCUCUUGUUAGGAGGCAGAUAAUUGACCUUUUCUGCUUACACAACAGGUGUCAGGAAGAGCUUGAGCUGUUGAAAGAGGAAAUUAAUCGCCUUGUCUCUUUUCUCCAAAACGAAAGCAGACUUAUAGACGAGUCAGUGGAAGCGCUUCUGCCUCUCACUGAUAACCCUCUUAAUGCAGGAAUGAUAACUUGCCUUAAAAAGAAACGGAUGAUUCACUGUAAUCACAUUUCCUCGCUGCUGCAUUUGUGGGGUGGUAUCUUGGAUUUCCCUAAACCUAUUGAUCAUGCUGAGGUAGCAAAAUCCUAUGCUCAUUUGAGUGGUAUCGACUAUCUUCCCGAUGACGAGAAAUCAGACGAAUCGAUGAUGGAGGAAGAUGUGGACGAUGAGGCCUUUGUGUUGGAACUAUCAUCAGACAGCGAAUUAUCUGAUGAUGAAUAAAGCUCAUUUUGUCUCUGGUGCUUGCCAAAUCCAUACA